AUGGCUCUUCAUCCCAAAUUUUCGGGUCAGAAGUUGUUGACAGCCAACUUACAGCAACCAUGGCAUACCCUCGAACUAUACCUUGAUUAUGUCUGCCCUUACUCCGCAAAGCUAUUCAGCACAUUCUACACAUCGGUGAGACCAAUUAUCUUACAAAAUUAUCAAUCAAGACUUCAGGUUGUCUUUCGUCAGCACGUUCAACCUUGGCAUCCAUCAUCCACUCUGACGCAUGAAGCUGGUGCGGCGGUGUUGAAAAUAGCCCCAGACAAGUUCUGGGAAUUUAGCGCUGCACUGUUCAGUCACCAAGAAGAAUUUUUUGAUGUCAGUGUUGUUAACGAGACACGCAACAAAACAUAUCAGAGACUUGCGAAGAUAGCCGCGACAGUUGGUGUGGAUGAACACGAGAUGCUCGAAUUAUUGAACAUCAGCGAAGUUAUUGCUGAUGGACAGUUGAAUACCGGCAACAAGGUGACGAAUGAUAUCAAAUUGAUGGUCAAGUCAGGUCGAACAAUCGGCGUCCAUGUAUCUCCGACCGUAUAUUUCAAUGGCGUCGAGGAACCAGGUAUCAGCAGCAGCUUCACGGCCACACAAUGGGAGCAAUGGCUGGCCAUGAAUGUAGCGUAG